CUAAUUUAUUCUCUUCGACCAGUUCCUUCUACCUUCCUUUCCAUUUCUUUACCUUAUUUCCUUCUUCUUAGCAAUCAUGAGGUUUCUCGAAGAGGUUUCUUUUCCUUUCUUGCUGUAGUACGUUGAGUAGUACGUUUCAAGACACUUUGCUGCUUUGGUGGAAAAUAUUACCUCGAUGAAGUGAUGGAAAGUUCAGGUAUGUUGGAGGUGAAACACGCACUGUAUGCAUAAGGACAUAACGAUUAACGUGGCAUGAGUUAUGGAAGAAAGCUAUAUUAAUUUACGACCUUACUCAUGUAGUCAUGUUAUAAAGUAUCAACCUCCAGGAGAGGAUCUUGAUGCUUUAGUUUCUAUGUCAUGUAAUGAGGAUUUGCAUGUUAGAAUAUUUAUUUAAUUAUUAUUAUUAUUUAAUAUGGGGUUAUAUGUUAUUAAUAGAGUUCGUAUAGUCCUAGACAUUUAAUUAGUUUAAUGAUAGGCUAAACCUAUGUUUAAGUCUGUCUAGGACUAGGGUUCUCCAACCUUCUCCUCUGCCUCUAUAUAUACGCUUAUUUUCUAUGGAAUAACAACACAAUAUUAGUGAGAGAUCUCUACCUGUCAAGAAUCUCAUAAGGAAAGAGGUCAGAGGGGAUAAGGGAUUUAUUCCACUUCAUUCAUCUAUCAUGGAUCCAGGUAUUCCUAAAUCUCAGAUUUAUCAGUAUAUGUUUAUGUAUAAUUAUAUGAUGCCGAUCUUGGAAUUUAAUCUAACAAUUGGUAUCAGAGCCAAGUCCGAUUAGACAUCAUAAAUUAUACAUAAUACAUGUAUAAUCGAUAAUUUUUUGGUAAACACCGAAUCGAGUUACCCGAAUUGUUGUUUCGCUGCUUUUACGUGUACAACGAUGAACUAGAUCCAUUCUAGAUCACCGAUUCAAUAUUUAAGCUUUGAAUUCGAUAGUGCUUGUUUAGUUUUUAAGAAAUAAAUUGAAUUUGAACAAUUCAUACAUUCCUUUUUUUACAAUUAUCUGCACUGCCAAAUUCAAUUCUAAUUUGUGAUGAAAAUUCGAUUCGUGCAUAUUUGCAAUUCGCAUGAGAUUGAUUCUCAGCACUGCGGCGUAUAGUUAUAGCGGCUCUGGGGUUUUUAGGAAAUAUGUGAUCUAACCCUAUUUGGCUAAGUUAGUUUUAUUUAGAUCCACAUCAGGAUCACGACUUUAAUCUUGGACUUGUUUAGAAUUGUAUUUUUAAAAGGAAUCAAUUUGAUAUUAUGUCAACGAAUCUGAUUUUAUUGGAUUGUUCGGAGUUAUCCUGUGAUUAGUUGAUGGAAUUUGGGUACGGCAAUUCCUUAAUUUAAUUUUGUUAAUUUUAGAUUUAAUGCUUCCGCUUAUCGGUUAAUAGUCCAAUAUUUUUAUAUGGGGACUUUUAUGCACUAAUAAAAUUUGAUGUGAUAUCAGUUUUGUCUCCUGUUAUUAUUUACUCAAUUAAUUGUUUAAAUAUUUUGGUAGCUUGUUAGUCACUAAAGUGGCUUGGCUAGUUUAUUUAGAUCAUUUUGUUCAUAUUUUUGUACUCAUUUAAAUUUCUAAUGAUAAGAUAAGUUGUUAAUCACUAAAGUGAUACAACUAGUUUGGUUAAUUAGAAAUUUUGAUUGAGUAGAUCAAACUGAUCAUAAUUAAUCUACGUUUAAUGAACAUUUGAGUUUAAUUAUUUGCGUAUAAGGAGUUUGUUAGUCACCAAAGUGGCCUGACUCAUGUGAUAGUUAAAUAAUUAAAUUUUUAUGAUCUGUUUGAUUAAUUAAUCUAUGUUUGGUGAACAUGUAAAUUUAAUUAUUUACUUAUAAGGAGUGUGUUAGUCACCAAAGUGGCCUACCUCGUAAAAGAGUUUAAUAAUUAAAUUUUUAUGAUCUAUUUGAUUUAUGUCCAUAAAUGUAAUGCUUGUUGGUUACCAAAGCGAUCGGACUAAAUCAAUUUAAACAAUUUAAUUGCGUAAAAUUUAACAUACGACUAUAUUCACUCAUUUAAGUUUCUAAUAUUAUAAUAAGUUGUUAAUCACCGAAGUGAUUUAAUGGUUAACUUAGAAAUUUUAAUUGAGAGAAUUGGUCAUGAUUUUAGUAAAUGUAUAUUUAAAUUUAGUUAUUUACAUAUAUGGAGUUUGUUAGUCACCAAAGUGGCCUGACUCAUACGGUUUGUAAAUAAUUAAAUUUUAUGUAAUUACAUAUCUACAGCCGAUUUGAUUUAUUGUCUAUAAAUAUAAUGCUUGUUAGUCACCAAAGUGGUCUGGCCGAGAGUUAGUAGACAAAUAAAUCUGAAAGGUAAAAUCGAUUUUUUAUAAUUUUAGGAUACUAAAUAAUAUAAAAUAAUGCAUUGAGAUUAUAUUGCUAUACGAUCACCAAAAGGUGGAUCAUGCAUGUAUAAUUUUUGCAAUUUAAGAGACUAAUUUUUAUACUUGGAUUAAUGUCCAAAGACAACACUCAUUUAGUCAUGUGUAAUUAAUUGUCUAUUUUCAUAUAUUAUUUGGCAUCAUUAUUAUGUAUAUAUUUAAGGAUCACACAAAGGUGAAUUUAAGCAUAUAUGUUUAAGUUUUCUGAGAAUGAAUUUGUAUUAGUUAAUUCAAAGCAUUAAUAGUAAGCAUGUAUAUUGUUGCAGCUUCGUUAAAUCUCUUAUCGUCCACGAACGAUUUAAUUAGGGAAUUCAUGUUAGAUAUCAAGUCAAGCAAGAUUGAUACACAUUUAGGUUUCGUGUGUUUCGAAUCAAAUCUCAUAGAAGUUCCUAAUAACACGUGGUGGUUAGAUUCGGGUGCUUCUACUCAUGUUUCUCACAUUAUGAAGGGAUUUAAGUCCAUCCAAUCAAUAAGGGGAAAUGAACAAUUUCUAUUUAUGGGGAAUAGGAUGAAAGCACACAUCCAAGGCAUAGGAACAUAUAGGUUGAUCUUAGACACUGGAUGUCCUUUAGAUCUAGAUAAUUGUCUAUGUGCCUGAUUGUGCUAGAAAUCUUGUUUCAGUUAGUAGGUUGGAUGUUUUAGGAUUUCAUAUCAAGUUUGGGAACAAUACCUUUUCAUUAUUUAAGGAUAAUUUUAUUUAUGGAUCUGGUAUGUUGGUUGAUUCCCUGUGUCGUUUUAAUCUUGAUUUGAAAUUUAGUGAAUCUCUAUUUUAUGUUGAAAAUAAUGUGGGAGUUAAGCGUAGUGCACUAGAUGAGGACUCAGCUUUCUUGUGGCACCAACGUCUUGGUCAUAUUUCCAAGGAUAGGCUAAUGAGGUUAGUUAAGAAUGAAAUUUUACCUCAAUUGGAUUUUAGUGACUGGGAUGUGUGUGUUGAUUGCAUUAAAGGAAAGCAAACCAAACACACAGUAAAGAAGGCGUCCACAAGAAGCACUCAAUUGUUAGAGCUUAUACACACUGAUAUUUGUGGUCCUUUUGAUGUUCCUUCUUGGGGUGGAGAAAAGUACUUUAUCACCUUUAUAGAUGACUACUCACGUUAUGGUUACAUUUAUCUGCUGCAUGAUAAGGCCCAGUCGGCAGACAUCCUAGCGGUGUUCGUCAACGAGGUGGAAAGGCAGCUAGAGAAGAAAGUUAAGGUUGUGAGGUCUGAUAGAGGUGGUGAGUAUUAUGGGAAAUCCAAUGAAUAUGGACAAUGUCCAGGUCCAUACGCUAAAUUCCUUGAAAGUCGAGGCAUUUGUGCUUAAUACACAAUGCCGGGUACACCACAACAAAAUGAUGUAGCUGAGAGGCGGAAUCGUACGUUUAUUGAAAUGGUUAGGAGCAUGUUAAGUUAUUCUACCUUACCCCCUUCGUUGUGGAUGUAUGCAUUAAGGACUGCUACAUAUCUGUUAAACCGGGUUCCUAGUAAGGCAGUUCAUAAGACCCCUUAUGAACUGUGGACAGGUAGGAAACCUAGUUUGAGACAUCUCCAUAUUUGGGGGUGUCCUGCAGAAGUAAGAGUAUACAAUCCGCAUGAAAGGAAACUUGAUCUGAGGACAGUUAGUGGAUUUUUCAUUGGCUAUCCUGAAAAGUCGAAGGGAUUUAAGUUUUAUUGCCCUAAUCAUAGUACGAGAAUUGUAGAGACAGGCAAUGCUCGGUUCAUUGAAAAUGGUCAAGUAAGUGGGAGUGGUGAACCAAGAAAUGUGGUCAUUCAAGAACAAAAAGAUAAUGCCAUGUUCCCACAUGUUGGACGCAUCAAUAGUAUCUCAAACAACAACGAACGACCUGAGUAUAUGGUUAGUGACGCAAUCACUAAUGAUCAGAAUGAAGGUGUAGUUGGUGAACAAGAUACUAAUGAGCAUGUUGUGACCACUUCAAAUGAACAUAUCAUCACUCAAGAAAAUGAUAAUUCUUCAGAAGGAAUAACGUUAAGAAGGUCAUCUAGGGAAAAACGAUCUGCUAUUCCAAAUGACUAUUUACUAUAUUCUAUUGAGCAUGAGUGUGACUUGAGCAUUGGUGAGGAUCCAGUCUCAUUUAAGGAAGCCAUGGAUAGUAUAAACUCAUAUAAGUGGAUUGAUGCCAUGAAUGAAGAGCUUAAAUCCAUGUAUGACAAUAAAGUCUGGGAAUUAGUUAUGUUGCCCGAUGGAUCCAAAAGAGUUGGAUGUAAGUGGGUUUUUAAGACCAAACGUGACUCUAAUGGAAACAUCGAAAGGUAUAAGGUCAGACUUGUUGCUAAGGGAUUUACUCAGAAACAUGGCAUUGAUUACAAGGAGACCUUCUCUCCAGUUUCAAAGAAGGACUCCUUGAGGGUUGUCAUGGCUUUGGUGGCUCAUUUUGAUUUGGAGCUUCACCAAAUGGACGUGAAAACCACCUUUCUGAACGGAGACUUAGAGGAAGAAGUGUAUAUGGAUCAACCAGAAGGAUUUUUGAGCACUGGUAAGGAAAAUCUUGUGUGUAAGCUACAAAAGUCAAUAUAUGGACUAAAACAAGCUUCCCGACAAUGGUAUCUUAAGUUUCAUAAUACCAUUUGUUCUUUUGGUUUUAUAGAGAACGUCGUUGAUCGGUGCAUCUAUAUGAAGGUCAGUGUUGAUGAUAUCUUGCUUGCUGCGAAUGACAUGUCCAUGAUGCAUGAUGUUAAGAAGUUCCUUUCUAAGAACUUUGAGAUGAAAGAUAUGGGCGAGGCAUCCUAUGUGAUUGGAAUUGAAAUAUUUCGAAACCGUUCACAAGGAAUUUUGGAUAUGUUUCAGAGGAACUACAUCAAUCAGAUCUUAGAAAGAUUUAAUAUGGACAAAUGCUCUCCAGGUGUGGUUCCAAUUCAGAAGGGAGACAAGUUCAGUUUAUUACAAUGUCCUAAAAAUGAAUUGGAACGUAAGGAGAUGGAUAGAAUUCCCUAUGCGUUAGUGGUUGGAUGUUUGGGAUAUGUUCAGACUUGUACUCGUCCCGGAAUGGACCACUGGAAAGUUGCAAAGAAAGUUUUGAGGUACUUGCAAGGCACCAAAGAUCACAUGCUUACAUUUAAGAGAUCCGAUCAGCUUGAGGUGAUUGGAUAUUCAAAUUCAGACUUUGUUGGAUGUGUCGAUAGUAGAAAGUCAACAUCUGGUUAUCUGUUCAUAUUGGCUGAAGGAGCAGUAUCUUGGAAGAGCGGUAAACAAACAAUUAUUGCUACUUCCACUAUGGAGGCUGAAUUUGUGGCAUGCUUUGAGGCCACUGUUCAUGGUUUGUGGUUGCGGAACUUUGUUUCAGGACUUAGAAUUGUCGACAGUAUAACUAAGCCGCUGAAAAUUUAUUGUGAUAAUUCCGCAGCAGUCUUCUUCACGAAGAAUGAUAGGUACACUAAAGGUGCUAAGCACAUCGAUUUGAAGUACUUAUCAGUAAAGGAAGAGGUUCAGAAACAUAGAGUGUUUAUUGAGCAUAUUGGCACUGAACAAAUGGUUGUGGAUCCGCUGAUUAAAGGAUUGUCACCCAAGAUUUUAAAUAAUCAUGUAAUUAAUAUGAGUGUUGUUGAUAAAGCCUUGCUAUGAUAAUUUUGUCAGUGAUUUAUGUUAGCUCAUUUUUAUAUAUCAAUGUUUAGACACUCAUUUGAAUUCAAUAAAGGUUAUGUUUCUGGUUUACUUGUUAUCUAUUUUGAUUGUGAUCACAUAAUAUUAUUUGUGGUGAUAACGAGUGUUGAGGAUUUAAGCAUCCCUCAAAUUUAAGAUUUGAGACUUUCAAAUUUCUCAAAUGUUUCGGAUGAAUUAGAAUUGUCUUGUGAUACAUGGAAGGAAGCAUGUCAGUAUAAAUGAUGUGUAACCGCCAUGAUCCAUUCAAUUUGAAAUUCAGUUAAGUUUUCUUGGUGAGUUUGGUUUGAUGAAUAUUGCGCAAUUUAAGUUUUCAUCAAUUCAUCAAGGAUCACAUGACCAAGUGGGAGAAUGUUAGAAUAUUUAUUUAAUUAUUAAUAUUCUAAUAUUGGUCAUGUAUUUGGGGUUAUAUGUUAUUAAUAGAGUUCGUAUAGUUCUAGACAUUUAAUUGGUUUAAUGAUAGGCUGAACCUAUGUUUAAGUCUGUCUAGGACUAGGGUUCCCCAACCCUCUCAUCUGCCUCUAUAUAUACGCUUAUUUCAUAUGGAAUAACAACACAAUAUUAAUGAGAUAUCUCUACCUGUCAAGAAUCUCAUAAGGAAAGAGGCCAGAUGGGAUAAGGGAUUUAUUCCACUUCAUUCAUCUAUCAUGGAUCCAGGUAUUCCUAAAUCUCAGAUCUAUCAGUAUAUGUUUAUGUAUAAUUAUAUGAUGCCGAUCUUGGAAUUUAAUCUAACAUUGCAUAUAAUUAUAUGAUAGUGGAAUGUUUUGUUUUAGGGGGCGUUUGUUAAGGUGUAAAGUAAUUAGUUUGCAUGCAAAGUUUAGGGAAGUAAACUAUUUACACCGUUUGGUUUAAUUUUUUAAUGUAAUCUGUAGGGCACUUUUUUUAAACAUUUUACACUGUACCGUGUAAACUAUUUUACGUGGGGGGAGGGUGGUAAAAUAGUUUACACCUCUAUCGUAAAACACGUUCGUUUGCAGUUUACAUUUCUAGCCCUCCUAUCUUUGGCGGCAUAAAUAAAAAAGAAUAUCGAAUUGGCGGUACUUCCUUCUUCGGCAGCAAGUAUAAGUAGAACAGAUCUGCUCUCACGAAUUCCAUCUUUCCGCAGCAAGUAUAAGCACGUCUCCUCUCAAGCCAGGAAAACUUUAGCUGGCUUGGGUUUUUGGUAGAUUUUGCUCUCUGGUGGCUUUUGCUAAAUCAAUUGUGGGCACUUUACCAUGGAAGAAUGUACUGUUAUCUCAAGUACAAAGGUGAGCAAGCGUAGCAAUCAUCAAUGGUCUCCUCAUGAGGACAUAAUUCUUAUUGAUGGUUGCCUAGAAUUCAUCAACCAAGGGUGGAAAGCUGAAAAUGGAUUCAAAACGGGAUUUUAUCAACAAUUGCAAAAAUGGAUGUCUGCAAAAAUCCCCGGUUGUCAUAUUACUGGAGAUCCACAUAUAAAGAAUAGGUUAAGACACUUGAAAAUGCAAUACAAAGAAUUUUCAAUGAUGAGAGAUGCUUCGGGUUUUGGUUGGAAUGAAGAAAGGAAAAUGGUGACUUGUGAUGAUGAGGUUUGGACAUCAUGGAUCAAGAGCCAUAAAGAUGCUACUCAUUUGAGAUAUAAAUCAUUCCCUUAUUUUGAUGAGCUAGCAAUGAUAUUCGGUAAUGAAUGGGCAUCUGGGGAUAAGUGUGAGUCUCCUGCUGAAAUGGUGACAGCUUUAGGAAAGGGAAGUGAUGCUUUGACUGGAGGGUCCAUGUCGAAAAAGGCUGUUCAAGAUGACUUUUUUGGUGUGGCUGUCGAUCUUGAAAGUAUGAAUGAUCAUAUUUUUUCUACGCCUGACAUCAAUAAAAACAAGAAACGGGCUACUAGUGUUCCAAUCAAGGAGGAAUUUAGUGGGUCAAAAAAAUCCAAGAAGAGCGGCUCUUUUGAUAAACAUGCUGAAGACUUUCAACAAAAAAUGGAAAGAAUUAUGGAAUUAUGUGCUACAUCAAACAAGCAGUUUGAGAAGAUGUCAACUUUCUUUGAUCGUUUUAAUGCAGCUGAUGAUAGCAAGCCACAUAUUCUAGACAUGAUAAUGAAUAUACCAAAUUUAAGCAAGGAGAAUGCGAUUAGAGCAUUUGGAAUCAUAUCAGCUAGUAAAGGAAAAACAGAUUCAUUCUUAUUGAUGCCAGACGAGGAGGCGAAAUUGAUUUACAUUAACGCUACCCUAAAUGGUGAAAUAUGAUAAUAGCAUAUUCUGUAAUGAUGUUUUUGAAUUUGUCUAGGAUUUGUUUUAUUUCUAAGCAAUUUCAUAUUUGGUUGAAUAAAGCAGUAAACUGCUAUUCGAAGUUUACAAAAUCAUUAAAUCAAAGCUAUCCACUUUCUGCU